AUGGCGGCCGUAGGAGGGAGGCGGCUGCUGGUGUCGGAUUUGUUGAUGUCUUUCAUGUGGGUUUGGUCCAGUGUGCUCAUCAAGAUUUUUGUGUUUAAAAUAUUGGGUUAUGGCUCCCAUGAUUUGAAGGGUGAAAUUUUAAGGUAUGGAAUCUCCAUUGUCAACAUGUUCUUCUUUGCAUUCUUGGCCAAAUCUACCAAGGGUGGGGCCUACAACCCCCUCACUGUGUUGUCCUCCGCCAUUUCUGGGGAUUUCAGUAAUUUCCUCUUCACUGUUUUGGGGUCUAUUUAUGGGGUUAGGCUCAUUCUUGCUGCAUUUCCAGAAAUAGGACGUGGGCCACGUCUGAAUGUUGGCAUAGCUCGAGGUGCAUUGACUGAAGGUUUUUUGACGUUUGGAAUUGUAAUUAUAUCCCAAGGGCUCUCGAGAAAAAUUCCUGGAAGUUUCUUCAUGAAGACUUGGAUCUCAAGCAUCUCGAAGCUCACUCUUCACAUGCUCGGCUCUGAUCUGACUGGAGGAUGCAUGAAUCCAGCCUCUGUAAUGGGGUGGGCUUUUGCACGCAGCGAACAUUUAAGCAAGGAGCAUUUAAUUGUUUACUGGCUUGCUCCUAUGGAGGCGACUUUGGCAGCAGUGUGGGCAUUUAGAGUAAUAGUUCCACCCGAGAAUGACAUGACACCAAAGAUUAAUACACAUGGGGCUCGGGAUGAAUGA